GUCGGAUGGAUAGCUUUUAGAGAAUAAUAUCACAUGGCAAAUUAGUUUAAUUUCAACUCAUUAUUGAAGUUGUGCUCCAAAUCUAAAACGCACAUUGGAAUACAAUUCCUAGUGCUUCUUGCCUAUUAUUAAUGCAUUACGGAAAUAUUACAUCAUAGCCUAGGCCUACCGUAGCUUUAUGAUAUAUCAUAAUGUGAAUGCUUUGAUAUAUAAAGUUUCCAGUUUGAUCAAAAUUGUAUUAUCAUUAUAGUGUCUGAGUUGGAAAUGGGAACAAGCCUUCUAUUGUACUGUUUAUGGCAACAAACUAACGUCACCAUGUUAGUUUAGUAUAAUUACUCAAUAGCGUAGCCUAUUGUUCGCAUUGAAUGAAGUGGUUGAACUUGAGCGCUUUUGCUUGAUAUAGUCUAAUCAGAAGAAUUAGGAAAGAUAGGCAUACUGUUUAAUUGGUUUGCGGAAUGUGACAGUACAUGCACAAGCUGACGUCCCUUCUAUACCCGGACUGUUUCAAUGACAAAGCAGAUCUGCGCCAGGGGAGUCCGCCGCGUGGUCUUUACCGCCACCGCGUGGACUUCGUACGGUCGGUUGUUGUAUCAAUCCCUAUCGUGGUUUCAUUAACACAGCACCGCAAACAUAUGGACCAUAUGGAAAUAUUGUUUGCAUAUAUGAUUUUAGUAAACCUGGGACACUCAAAUCUUUUUUUUUUCUCUUUAGUUCUCAUUUAUUUUGUAUCUAUCACGUUAUAUAUUUUAUCUCUUGAGUUAUUUACUUAUUUUGAAUAGGCCUACAUCAUGUUUUAUUCCUCUUUUUAUUUUGUAUGUAAAGUGUAAUUUUUUUUCAUUGUCUUUAUGCCUUUAUGUUUACAUUUAGGAGAAGCAGUCGAGAACCCUUUGAGGGGAUUUUUGGGUUACUCAUGCACAUCUUUUCAAAAAAAGAGGGGAGACAAUAAAUAUUCAAAUCACCCACGUAUAUCACCAGGAGUACAUAACAUGUGAUUGCGAAUCACAUUUGAUGUACUCCUUCCCCCUUUGGUCAUGUCAUGUAUCUUUCUUUGAACAUGAUGUACAAUCAAUACGAUAUAAACAGCUUUCCAUACUUUUGUGUAUUAUGCUAUAAAAUGCCACACCGUUGGGGGGUAUUGAGCGAUUAUACGAAUUGAAAGGCCUCUCUGUUCCCUUUCCCUCUUUUUCAUUCAACGUACAAUUAUUUGUGAAUUAAGUGCAAUGAGUACAAUUGAACAAAAACAUAUAAAUACAGAAGACCGCCUGCAUUCCUUUAAUCAAUGAAAUAAAACACCAAGGCGCUAGGGGGCGCUAGGGGGAUACGUAUUGGAAGGCCACUCUUUAAAAGCUCUCGUUGGCGCAGGCGCCUUCGUGUUGUUGUGCGGGUUGUCAUGGGCAGCGGACAUCUGGAAAGGCGAGGCAACACUGAGGAUGAGCGAGUCGCUAUUUCGCCUGCGAAACCUAUCGACCUGUCCCUGGAUUAUUAUUCCGAGCAUCGGUGAUGGUCCGAGGAACACAAAGGGGGAUCACAUCUGUCCAGUGCGGUUAGCGGUGUUAGUGCGUAGUGAGGCUAUUUGAUCACGACAGUUGUUAUUGGCUAGCUAAGAUAGACCUUCCUCACGUUAGACCAUACACAUCCAACAUUGUAGCAUUCAGAAAACCACAUGAUACAACAAUGACCCUAAUCCAAAGUAGCGAACGUUAGUGCAUUACAGUCGGUGCAUUUAUUAAUAUUAUUAUUAAACCAGUCAGUGCAUAACAGUGGAACAUUGUCAGGAUGGGAGAACCUCAGGAAGAUGUAGCACAAGAGGAGGAGGAGGAGGAAGGAGGAGACUUCGGUGGUAGCGGCGAUGCCUCUUCGCCCUACGUGCCCCCGUACCGUCCCACCCUGCCUGCCCGGGAACGACUCCAUAUCCAGAAGAGCAAUGUGUGCUCUCGGGCCUAUUUCGUCGUGGUCAUGGUCUUCUUCCAUGUCUACAUUUUAAAUGUCAUUGCGCUUCUCCUCUACGUCCACUACAACAACGGCCCAGGGGAUCUUGCUAGUGUAGAAGGGUCUUCCACGGAGACCGUCGCCGAGGAUGGAAGCCCCUUGCCCCAUGCUGCCCCCCCGGACCAAGUCCUCGAAAUGAACAAAUACCGCCAAAGUUACAGUCUCCCCCGCAUUGAAGGAAUAAGAGUUGGCCAUGUUCAACGUGUGUCUCUUAUGCCUGAGAAAACUCAUGAGAUGAAAACUCUCAGCCUGAAGCCUCUGCUCUUUGAGAUCCCUGGCUUCCUGUCUGAGGAGGAGUGCCGCGUGGUGGUGCAGUUGGCUCAGCUCAAGGGCCUGACGGAGAGCCAGACAACCGCCUCCAGCGGCGGGGAGCAGCAGGAGCCAGGCGAGCCCCUCCUGGUUCUCACCACCGACGAGGUCUUCAGCCUGCUGGACCUGGACCAGGACGGGCUGCUGCAGAAGCAGGAAAUUGUAAGUCACUCCCGCUCUCAAGACGGGACUUGGCUGAGCCCAGACAACCUGCGGCAAAUCCUCACCGGUCUGGAGGCCCAGCAGGCAGGCGCUCUCACACUGGAGGACUUCAGGCUCGUGUUCGACAUUUUCAAGCACCCUGCCAAGCAGCGUAGCUCCACCCUCCAGGGUCACUUCCAACGUAGAAGCAAACACACCCGGAUGUACCAAGGCCCCGGGUCCCACCACGUCCUGCACUCACUAAGGCACAGGGUCACCCGCCUGGCGCGUCUGCCCUCGCCAUUGGUAGAAUUUAGCGAGCCGCUGCAGGUGAUUCGCUACGAGCAAGGGGGCUUUAGCAACGCCCACCACGACAGCAGCCCGGCCCACUCGGAGACCACCUGUGCACACACGCGGCUUGCUGGGAACACAUCCACCCUCACAGAGAUCAAAUGCAGGUACCUCACCGUCAUGGUGUACCUGAACUCUGUGGUGGAAGGAGGGGAGACCACCUUUCCAGUGGCGGAUAAUCGCACCUACGAGCAGGAGGCACUGGUCCAGGACGGGACGGACCUCACAGACACCAGGGCCACGUGUGAACGGGGGAACCUCCGCGUGAAGCCCACCGCUGGGACGGCUCUGCUGUGGUACAACCACCUCUCCGACGGACGAGGAUGGAUGGGUGAGGUCGACGAGUACUCCCUCCACGGGGGCUGCCCGGUCAUGCUCGGGGAGAAGUGGGUGGCCAACAGUUGGGUGAACGUGGACCCGGAUCACCAGCGGCAGGCCCGCUAUCAGCGGCUCGUGUCCAACGAACAGACAGCCAAGUCUGGCCGAGAGGAGAGCUACCAUCCUCUCUCCCACAGUGAGCUCCACCAGGACCUAUAGCCAGGGGGGUCUCUGAGGGUCCACCAGAACCUAUAGCCAGGCUGUCUCUGAGAGUCCACCAGGACCUAUAGCCAGGGGGUCUCUGAGAGUCCACCAGGACCUAUAACCAGGCGGGCAAAGUCAGUCGCUGAAAUUGAACCGAGAGCAACAUCUUAUUCGGCUUUAUAAUCUUUCCACUUAAAAAUGAAUAGAACCCCCAGCAACCUCAUCCUGCAGCACAACGGUUCUGAAUAAUAAUGUUUCUGUGAUCACUCUGUAGAGAGAGUUUGUGAGUUUGUGUGUUUUUUUUAUUAUUUGUUUAUAGUCGGUGAGUCAAAAUAUGUAAUUACCCGAUCAUCUUUGCCACGGUUUUCCAGGUAAUUAGGAUGCAGAGACAAUAGGGAAUAGGUAUUUAGCUUUACUUGAAUUUUAAUUCCAUUGCAAUACCUUUCCAAAGUGUUAUGAUUUUUAUCAGGCAGAAUAAAAGCCUACAUGAGCCAUAUCGUAUCACAAUUUAUGUAUGAAUUUCUUCCAAUGGGAACUGUUUGAGAUGUUGUAUCUGAGUAGUCCAGUUUAAAAUAUUACUUAUACUGUUUUAUCAAUGAACUUUUUCUAUACUAUACUAAGGCAAAACGUCUUGGCCAAGACUACAUUUAAUUAAUUUAAUUUACAUCCUAACAUUUAGUCUGGAGUCAGCAAUUCGGUAUUAUGCAUAAUUGUGAUUUUUCGCAUUAAAAAUUGUAUUUAUUUGGUUUUCGGUUAUUUAACUUUAUAUUUAUUUUAAUGUUAUUUAUUACAACUGUUUGAAUAUUUAUGAUUACAGGGUACAUGCUAUAUGUAUGACAUUCUGAUUCUGUUGCACUAAAUUGUAUGUUGCAUUGAACUGUUAUUUAUUUCAUACACAGCAUUUGUUUUAAAUGCAUCUAUAUAAUAUAUGCAUUAAAAAAUAUUUUAUUGGUU